CGCGUGUCGUCUGCUACGAUCGCACGCGUGUCGUCGCUCUCUCGUGUAACACGCGUGAGUCCCGCUCGCCUGAGUGUAAGACAAUACCAGCCCAUUGCAUAAGCACUUAGUAAGGCUUGCACUUGUCCAGUGAAGAGGACUUCAGCUGUUCUGCAACAGUUCAAGAGCGAGCUAACACGGAAGAGCGGAAUUGAAUGAUCCUUAAAUAAAAAGAAAUGACUCUUCUUCUGACAAGUUACGAACCAAGACAUCGGUAAGUGUAGAGAUCUCUACUCAACAAAGACAACACCGAAAUGGAUUCAGAGCUCUACAGUGAGUCGGUGCCCCUGAUCGACCUGGUGAAGGGGAACCACUCCGACUUCGACAACAACACCCUGAACUGUACUAACGACUACUGUGUCGACGACAACGACUACCUCGACAUGAUGGAGCAACACAUGCUCCCUAACCUGUACGAGUGUGUGCUGAUCGGGAUGCACGUGCUGGUGUUCGCGGUGGGGCUGGUGGGCAAUGCCCUCGUCUGCGUAGCCGUAUACAGCAACCCCACCAUGCGCACAGUCACCAACUACUUCAUAGUUAACCUGGCGGUGGCAGACUUCAUGGUGAUCUUAUUCUGUCUCCCACCCACCGUCAUCUGGGACGUCACCGAAACCUGGUUCUUGGGGAUGGCUCUCUGCAAGAUCGUUCUCUACUUCCAGACGGUUUCCGUUGCUGUGUCCGUGCUCACACUCACGUUUAUAUCUGUGGAUCGUUGGUACGCCAUCUGCUUCCCCCUCAAGUUCAAGUCUACAACCAGCAGGGCCAAGACGGCCAUCAUCAUUAUAUGGCUACUAGCUCUGAUGCUUGAUAUACCCGAGCUGAUUGCGCUACGGACAGUCCCGAAGGACCUGAGAGUCAAAGUGAUUUACUUCACCCAAUGUGUGCCGUCGUGGACUUACCGGGCCGAGAUGACCUUCAACACCCUUAAGAUCGUCCUGCUCUACACCUUCCCGCUGCUGUUCAUGUCGGUGGCCUACUGCCAGAUCGUCAGGGUCCUCUGGAAGUCUGAGAACAUUCCCGGACACUCCGAGACCGUCAAUAUCCACACUCAGACGAACAACGCCUGCACAAACUCACUCAAUAAGCGGAGACUGACCCUAGCCAACACCACCACCCAGAGCCAGCUGAGGUCUCGCAGGAAAGCUGCCAAGAUGUUAGUAGCUGUUGUUUUAAUGUUCGCCGUCUGCUACUUUCCCGUACACCUCAUCUCUAUACUGAGGUACACGAUCAACAUUCCCCAGACAGACAUUACUGCAGCUCUAUCCAUGAUAUCACACUGGCUCUGUUACGCAAAUUCCGCUGUGAAUCCUCUAAUAUACAACUUUAUGAGUGGGAAAUACAGGAAGGAGUUUGAGCGGACUUUCGGUUGGUGUGUGGGCCGGAAGCCUCCCCCACUGCAACACUUCCAGCCACGUACUUCCAGCACCUACACCUGCCAGUUUACCGCAGUCACUGGAAGUGCUACCACCCCUCGCUCAGAGAUCAUCCCCCUCAGCGUGUCAUCCAUCCCUGAAUAUGAGUACUAGGUUAUUUCAGAAGCUAUACCUAUCUGUAGUUUCCAGUGUCAGAAAAGCAUUUUAAACAAUCACUAAUCUUAAUAUAUAAAAUAUUGUAACGCACACUGCAUGUUACAUUAAUGGUGUUGAUUAAAUGUUUUGUAUGUACAUAAACUAGGAAGUCGUUCUUAAAAGAUUUAUUUUUCUAAGAAUCUGAUCUGUUCUAAUAUUUAGCUUAUGACCUUAUCUCAUUGGAAGUGUCAUUAUUUAUUCAUAUACAUAUUUUGCUUUUAAAGAUCGUUGGACGAAUUAAUCCUUUUACUUAUUGUUUGACUUCUGAUUCCCUAAGGACAGAAUAAAAUAGUAAUGAUUCCCUAUUUCAAACUUCACACAGAUUGUAACAGAACCCAUUAUACAUUAACAUAGACACAAUUCAUAAACAGAAAGGACGUUGGAACUAAUUUUUUCAAAAUUUUCAGUUCAAUUAAACAUAAAUUUUCGGUGGUUUAUUCAAAGAUUUACCUGUUCUGACUUAAAACGUAUUUUUUAGAAACAGCUAUUUACUUUGUUGACAUUUAUAAGCCAGUUAAAUAUUUUUAAGUUAUGUUUUUUAGACAUGUCCAGUUAUAUACACCGCUAUUUGUUGAUAACAUCGUAAAUGGUAAAAAUGAUUAAUAUAACAAUUUUACUUAGCCACUAUUUUUUACUAUAACUCAAAAUUAAAUCUGUGAUAAAUAAAUUAAUAAUUAAUUAAUCUCAAACGUUGUAUAACAUUAAUGUUUAGAUGUGGUGAUACAUUAAAAUCCCUGUGUUAGUUUCAAUAUUCUUGUACCAACUAAUUAAAAAAUAAGAGUGUUGAAUAUCUCCAACAUUGUAUCACCUUAAACUGCGUAAUAGAUUGUAUUAAAGUUGGUUACUCUAAUUAAGGAAACAAAACCUCUAUGUUUACGAAUUUCAAGUCACCAGCUAGCAAACUUCAUUCUCAUAAAUAACAAUUUCUAUAGGGAUGUUUUCAGUAUUGUAGAAACAUAUCAUACAUAAAAAAUUUUAAAUCCUUCUGUGAUGUAAAACAUAUGUAAAUAGGUUAAAAUUGUUUUCAGGUAAAGGUUUAUUUUAAUUCUGUAAUAUAUACUUACUUGGAUUGAUACAGAUGUAAAAUGAGGGACCAUCCUCUCUCGGCCAGGUUCAUUUUUAAUAUGUUUCACCUUUUAAAUUAUUCUGCCUUCAUUGAGCCGACCAAUCAAAAAUGUAACUAAAUGUCUUUCAAAAAGCUAUAAGUAAUUACUUGUAAGUGGUUGUUACAAUCAUAUACUAGCUUUCGAAACUAUUGUUUUUUUACUGUGUUAUAAUGUUUGGCUUUAUUUCUUUAUAUUGUCAUAAAGUAUCUAUUUACUUGUAUGUAUUAUAGUACUUAGUAUUUGUUUGUGGUUAAAUUAUUACCUUAAAGUCAUUUAAAAUGAAUUAAAAUAAAUAUUUUUAGUAAAU